AUGGAUGAAGAGGAGCACGAGGUGUACGGCGGAGAAAUCCCUGACGAAACUGAAAUGGAAGGCGAUUUGGAUCCUAACAACGUCGACGUCGAUAUGUCAGUCGCCGAUGAUGACGCUAUCAAGGAAUUGGAUGAGAUGAAGAAGCGAUUGAAGGAGAUGGAAGAGGAGGCUGCGGCGCUUCGUGAAAUGCAGGCGAAAGUUGAGAAGGAGAUGGGUGCUGUUCAAGAUCCUGCUAGUGCUGCUGCUCAAGCAAGCAGGGAGGAGGUUGAUUCACGGUCUAUUUUUGUUGGCAAUGUUGAUUAUGCAUGUACUCCUGAGGAAGUUCAGCAGCAUUUCCAGUCAUGUGGAACUGUAAACCGUGUUACUAUUUUGACCGAUAAGUUUGGGCAGCCUAAAGGUUUUGCAUAUGUGGAAUUUCUCGAGCAAGAAGCUAUUCAAGAGGCCCUCAAGCUGAACGAAUCUGAACUGCAUGGACGUCAAUUGAAGGUGACAGAAAAAAGAACUAAUGUUCCUGGAAUGAAACAGUAUCGUCCAAGGCGCUUCAAUCCUUAUUUAACAUAUAGAUACAGGAGGCCUUAUGUACCACCUUAUUUCUAUUCUCCUUAUGGUUACGGGAAAGUUCCAAGGUUUCGGCGACCGAUGCGCUACAUGCCUUACCAAUGA